GGGGGGAUUGGUCAAACUGAGUGAUCUGAAGCAGAGAGUGAAAAUGAGGCUGGUUGGGCUAACUGGAGGGAUUGCAUCUGGGAAGAGUACGGUCUCUUCCAUGUUCAAGCACGACAAGAUUUCUGUUGUCGAUGCUGACGUCAUUGGUCGUGAUGCCUUGAAGAAGGGUUCCGGCGGGUACAAAAAGGUGGUGGCGGCCUUUGGGCCGGACAUUUUACAAGAUGAUGGCCAUGUUGAUCGUUUGAAAUUGGGCCGAAUCGUAUUCUCUGAUGCCGCUAAACGUCAACUCCUCAAUCGGUUAUUGGCUCCCUAUAUAUCUUCUGGCAUCUUUUUAGAAAUUUUGAAGCUCUGGAUAAAAGGUCAUAAGGUGAUUGUUCUCGACAUUCCUUUGUUGUUUGAGGCCAAGUUGGAUAAGUGGACAAAACCCAUUGUUGUUGUAUGGGUUGAUCCUGAAACACAGCUUCGACGACUUAUGGAAAGAGAUAACUCAACAGAGGAGGAUGCCAGAAAUAGGAUAAAUGCUCAGAUGUCUCUAGAUUUGAAGAGGAGCCGUGCAGAUAUAGUGAUAGAUAACACCGGAUCACUUCGGGAUUUGCAGGAAAGGUUCAACGAGGUACUGCCGCUGGUCAAAAGGCCCUUGACAUGGACUGAAUUCUGGCUUUCCAGGGAUGGAGCCUUGUCAGCUCUUCUUGGUGUGAUAGUAGGUGUUCUUGUGGUCAAGAAAACGUUUUAGUAAUUUAUCUGUAACACAUAUACAAUCAUCAUCAUCUUGUGGUUUAAAAUUGGUUAUGUU